AUGACCCAAAACGUGCCAAAACUACCAUUGCCAUUGAAUGCGACCCCUCAAUUUGCAUCACAACCUGAUAAUACCCACCCUCAAACUACUCAAACCCCCCGUCGACGAAAAUCUACCCAGAGUGACAACUUAAGUCCUCAAAGGGCCAGACAUCUGGAGCGCAACCGGAUUGCCGCGAACAAGUGCCGACUGAAGAAAAAAUACCAACACCAACAAAUCGAAAAGGUCCUAAGCGAUGAGACCGCAAAGCACGAUUAUCUUCAAUCCGUGGUGCACAGUCUGAAAGACGAGAUCUGGCAGUUGAAGAACACCAUCUUCGACCACGCACGAUGCGAUGACCCACAAAUCAACCUCCAGUUGGCUUUGAUCAGCGAAAAAGCCGCUCAGACCAAUGCCGCUCCCUUCCAAUGUCCGUCCCCCACAUUUUCGAUGAGUACAUGCUCCGAUAAUUCAGGUGGAGAGGGCGGCUUGGGAUCCAGCCCUCCUGAGGCUACUCCAGCGACGAUGACGGCUACGAAAACGAGUUAUGACGAAUACCCCGAUACGAUGUUUGAGACAUUCAUAGAAGCGGACUAG